AUGAGCAAGUUGCAGACUGCUACACAUAACUUCGAAAAAUCCGAUUUUAUUUUCAAGUUCAGGACUAGCGUUGAAUCAAAACGACGCAAAACAGUAGCAGGUACAACGCGAAAGCGCACACCAGAACUCAUCACAUGGUUGAAAUCUGCCAGGAAUCUUGACUCACUCUCUCCACCUCAGAAUCUACUUCGUCACACUUGCAAGUGCUUGACGGGCACUCAAAUGAUGGCAUCAUUUGAAGACAUCCCGAUAGAGUUGAAACUCAUGGUGUUUGAAGAACUGUUCGAAAAUGUAUUUGGAGAUAUACCUCUUUCUCAAGCUGCUUGCGAGGCUGGUGUACAGAAUCUUUCAGCAGCGAUCGAGUUCAGCAAGUAUAGUCUCGUGUCCCAGUCCUGGCUCAGCAUCAUCGAAACCAUGGUGUUCCGCAAGAUUUUCCCUGACAGAGAAUUCAUUCUACAGAGUUCUGCUUUAUCAUGGGAUAAAUUCUGUGAGUACUUUCGGUACGAGCACCGUCAGCAAGCUCUAUCAAGGCUCUCUUUCGAAGUAUACCUUGAAAGCCACGGAAAGGAAAGUCAGAUCAAGUAUAUACAGUGGAUGCGUGACGCUGACAACGACCACAUCCACGAACAAGUCACAAAACUAUUCGACCUGAUCAAGACCUGGGACCGACCAGGCUCUGAUGAUAUUGAACUGAAGAUGGCCGUAUUUUCUCCUCAAGAGUCGUGGAACUGCUUCCUACCUCGUCCCAAGGGGCUUUACAAGCUAAGAUCCUUGCGAUACCUAUCAGCCAACACUGGACACGACGUGGAACUUAUAUCAGAGCUACCUCCAUUAUUUCGUAGAGCCGGUAAAUAUUGCUGUGGCAUUCUUUUAAGGAGGAGUUGA